UUUACUACUGGAAACGUUAGACUGACGGAGCAGAAUAACAGACUCUGAGCACACAGAAGCACUCACACUGCGCUCUGGAUAUUACUGAACAGCAAAGCCGUUCGGAUGUGCAAUAUGACUUUUGAAGAAACCGGUGGAGAGAAUUCUUCAGAAAGGAUGGAAUCGGUGGCUAAAGCAUUAGAGGAGGUCCUGAGCUCUGCAUUGCCUCAGGGUUGCAUCACUGUUGGAGUUUACGAGGCAGCAAAGUCUCUAAAUGCAGAUCCAGACAAUGUGGUGUUGUGUCUGCUGGCCACAGAUGACGAAGAGGAUGUGGCUCUCCAGAUUCACUUCACCUUGAUCCAGGCUUUCUGCUGCGAGAACGACAUCAACAUCCUGCGAGUGAGCAAUAUGAGGCGUUUGUCAGAAAUACUGGGAGGAGUGAAACCUGGAGGGGAGCCCAUGGAUCUACACUGUGUUCUAGUGACGAAUCCUCAGUCAUCCCUUUUGAAGGACCCUGCACUAAGCAAACUGAACCGAUUCUGCAGAGACAGCCGCUGUCUGGAUCAGUGGGUGCCUGUUAUCAACCUGCCAGACCGAUGAAACUACUUGGAAUAUAAUAUUUUGUGUGCAUUCGGGGAAAAGUAAUUGCACAAGGCCUGUCUUAAUGUCUGUGUUGGACUUCUCUGGAAAGUACCUCAGAGAGAGUAAGAGAUGGGAGGGGCAGGAAAAAAAAAAAAGAACACGAGGAGGAAAAAUGCUCCAACAUUUUACCAGGUCAGGGUGAACUCGUGGGCCAAGGAGGAGUGACUCAGCAGUCUGGGUUCCAGGAUUUCCAGCUUAUGACUGCGCCUUUCUCUGCCGGGAAAGAAGCCUUCACAGGAAACUGAAUCAUGUGAGCGGACAAGUUCACGCGGCAGGAGCACAAGUGCAGGACUUGGGAGGGGGAAAAAAGCACACAGAGAGCUUACCGUUGACAAGACUCCCAGAACUGGACCAUGCUGGAACGGACCAGUCAGAGCUCUCAGCUUGAAGAAUUCCUCAUGGAGAUUAGUCCAAAUCCAAACAUUUCUGUAACGGCACAUUUGUUUGAUAGUAUUUAAGACUUGUCACCUUGAUAACGCAAAAGGGAAACUUUUCACAGUUUAUUAUUAUUAUUAUUAUUAUUAUUUUAAGGGCAAUGCAAUUGUUAAGACUUGUCCAUUAACUGAUGUUUUUAUGUGUCAUUAAUUUAACAAAUUAUAUUUAUUGUGCAUCGUUCAUGAAAUUCUGCCUUGUUAAGAUGAAUGAAAUAAACGAACAAGGAACAAA